GCGCGCAGUCCCGCCCGUGGGGAGCCGCCACUCACCCUGUGAGCGCCGAGCCUAGCCCAGACCCCGACCUAGGGCGCCCUUCCCCCGGCCUCUCCCCUCCCGGCGUUCGGGGAUCGGCUGCUCGGCCUGACUCCGCCCGACAGGGCCCGCUCCGCGGGGCCUUCCGCCCGAGGUCAUCGGCUCCGGCUGUCCCCCGUCCCCCCGGCCCACACCCUCCGCCACCGCCAUGAGCGGGGUGGCGAUCCCCCACACGCCCAUCGCCGUGGACCUGUGGAGCCUGCGCCGCGCCGGGUGCGCACGGCUCUUCUUCUUGUCGCACCUGCACGCGGACCACGCGGCGGGGCUGGGCAGCAGCUGGGCGCGGCCUCUCUACUGCUCCCCGCUCACCGCGCGCCUCCUGCGCCGCCGCCUGCGGGUGUCUGAGCAGUGGAUCCGAGCUCUGGAAGUCGGAGAGAGCCAUGUAUUGCCUCUAGAUGAUGUGGGACAGGAGACCAUGACUGUCACUCUCCUGGACGCCAAUCACUGCCCCGGCUCAGUCAUGUUUCUCUUUGAAGGAUACUUUGGAACCAUCCUCUACACAGGUGAUUUUCGGUAUACACCAUCCAUGUUGAAGGAGCCGGCCCUGGCUUCAGGGAAGCAGAUCCAUACACUAUACCUGGACAACACCUACUGCAACCCAGCCCUGAUUCUUCCUUCCCGACAAGAAGCUACUCGCCAGAUCAUCCAACUCAUUGAAAAGCACCCACACCACAACAUAAAGAUCGGUAUGGCAUCACAGCUGCAGGUGUUUUCCCCCCCAUCAGUGUCGUCGAGUGCCUUCUGCAGUGCGAAGAAGCUGAAAAUAGAACCCUCUGGCUGGGAUGUCUCAGGACAGAGCAGCAGCGACAAGUAUUACACCCACAGCAAAGCCCUCCCAGCCACACAAGGGCAAGCUAGCUCCUCAAGCCAGGUAGCAAAUUUCAGUAUUCCUGCUUACGACCAGGGUCUCCUCCUCCCAGCACCCACCGUAGAGCACAUUGUGGUAACAGCCGCUGACAGCUCAGGCAGUGCCGCUCCAUCCACCUUCCAAAGCAGCCAGACCCUGAGUCACAGAAGCAACGUUUCUCUGCUCGAGCCAUAUCAAAAAUGUGGAUUGAAAAGAAAAAGUGAGGAAGUUGACAGCAACGGUAGCGUGCAGAUCAUAGAAGAACACCCCCCUCUCAUGCUGCAAAACAGAACCGUGGUGGGUGCUGCUGCCACGACCACCACUGUGACCACCAAAACGAGCAGUUCCAGUGGGGAAGGGGAUUACCAGCUUGUCCAGCACGAGAUCCUUUGCUCUAUGACCAACAGCUAUGAAGUCUUGGAGUUCCUCGGCCGGGGGACGUUUGGUCAGGUGGCAAAGUGCUGGAAGCGGAGCACCAAGGAAAUUGUGGCUAUUAAAAUCCUGAAGAACCACCCCUCCUAUGCCAGACAAGGGCAGAUUGAAGUGAGCAUCCUCUCCCGCCUAAGCAGUGAGAAUGCUGAUGAGUAUAAUUUUGUUCGUUCUUACGAGUGCUUUCAGCAUAAGAAUCACACCUGCCUUGUGUUUGAGAUGUUGGAGCAGAACCUGUAUGACUUUCUAAAGCAGAACAAGUUUAGCCCACUGCCACUCAAGUACAUCAGACCCAUCUUGCAGCAGGUGGCCACCGCCUUGAUGAAACUCAAGAGUCUGGGUCUGAUUCACGCUGACCUUAAGCCUGAAAACAUAAUGCUGGUCGAUCCAGUUCGCCAACCCUACCGAGUAAAGGUCAUUGACUUUGGUUCUGCUAGUCACGUUUCCAAAGCUGUGUGUUCAACUUACCUUCAGUCACGCUACUACAGAGCCCCUGAAAUUAUUCUUGGAUUGCCAUUUUGUGAAGCUAUCGAUAUGUGGUCCCUGGGCUGUGUAAUAGCCGAGCUAUUUCUGGGAUGGCCUCUUUAUCCUGGUGCUUCAGAAUAUGACCAGAUUCGCUACAUUUCACAAACACAAGGCCUGCCAGCCGAAUAUCUUCUCAGUGCUGGAACGAAAACAACCAGGUUUUUCAACAGAGAUCCUAAUUUGGGAUACCCACUGUGGAGGCUUAAGACACCUGAAGAACAUGAAUUAGAGACUGGCAUAAAAUCGAAAGAAGCUCGAAAAUACAUUUUUAACUGCUUAGAUGACAUGGCACAGGUCAAUAUGUCUACAGACCUAGAGGGAACGGACAUGCUGGCAGAGAAAGCUGAUCGAAGAGAAUACAUUGAUCUGUUAAAGAAAAUGUUAACGAUUGAUGCAGAUAAGAGAAUUACUCCUCUGAAAACUCUCAACCAUCAGUUUGUGACAAUGACCCAUCUUCUGGAUUUUCCACAUAGUAAUCAUGUUAAGUCUUGUUUCCAGAACAUGGAGAUCUGCAAGCGGAGGGUUCACAUGUAUGAUACAGCCACUGUUUUAGCUUCCAGUUCUACUGCAGCAGCUGCUACUCUUUCUCUGGCUAAUUCAGAUGUCUCAUUGCUAAACUACCAGUCAGCUUUGUAUCCGUCUUCUGCUGCUCCGGUCCCUGGAGUUGCCCAGCAGGGUGUGUCCUUGCAGCCCGGAACCACCCAAAUUUGCACUCAGACAGAUCCAUUCCAGCAAACCUUUAUAGUAUGUCCACCUGCUUUUCAAACUGGGCUACAAGCAACAACAAAACAUUCUGGAUUCCCUGUGAGGAUGGAUAAUGCUGUGCCAAUUGUACCCCAGGCGCCAGCUGCUCAGCCACUGCAGAUCCAGUCAGGAGUGCUCACCCAGGGAAGCUGUACACCACUAAUGGUAGCAACUCUCCACCCUCAAGUAGCCACCAUCGCACCGCAGUAUGCGGUGCCCUUUACCCUGAGCUGCACAGCCGGCCGGCCGGCGCUGGUUGAACAGACCACUGCUGUACUGCAAGCUUGGCCUGGAGGAACACAGCAAAUCCUCCUGCCUUCAACGUGGCAACAGUUGCCUGGGGUGGCACUGCACAAUUCUGUCCAGCCCACAGUGAUUCCAGAAGCCAUGGGUAGCAGCCAGCAGCUAGCAGACUGGAGGAAUGCCCACUCUCAUGGUAACCAGUACAGCACCAUCAUGCAGCAGCCAUCCUUGCUUACUAACCAUGUGGCCCUGGCGACAGCCCAGCCUCUGAAUGUCGGGGUUGCCCAUGUUGUCAGGCAACAGUCCAGUUCCCUCCCUUCCAAGAAGAAUAAACCAUCUGCUCCAAUCUCCUCCAAACCUGCUGUGGAUGUUCUGCCUUCCCAAGUCUGUUCCUUGGUUGGGGGCAGUCCUCUUCGUACUGCAUCUUACCAUUCCCUCAUCCCCGUCCAAGAUCAGCAUCAGCCAAUCGUCAUUCCAGACACUCCCAGCCCCCCUGUGAGUGUUAUCACUAUACGCAGUGACACUGACGAAGAAGAGGACGGCAAGUAUAAGCCCAGCAGCUCUGCCCUGAAGCCGAGGUCUAAUGUCAUCAGUUAUGUUACUGUCAAUGACUCUCCAGACUCUGACUCAUCUUUGAGCAGCCCGUACUCCACUGACCCCCUGAGCACUCUCCAGGGCAAUAGUGGACCACUUCUGGAAGGGCCCGGCAGAGUUGUGGCAGAUGGCACUGGCGCCCGUACCAUUAUUGUGCCUCCACUGAAAACUCAGCCUGGUGACUGCACUGUAGCAACCCAGGCCUCAGGUCUCCUGAGCGGUAAGACCAAGCCGGUGGCCUCCGUGAGCGGGCAGUCGUCUGGAUGCUGUGUCACCCCCACAGGCCACCGAGCGCAGCGUGGGGGGACUGGCGCAGCACAGCCACUCAACCUUAGCCAGAACCAGCAGUCGUCCUCAGCUCCGUCCUCGCAGGAGAGAAGUGGCCAUCCCGCCCCCCACAGGCAGCAGGCAUUUGUGGCCCCGCUCUCCCACGCCCCCUACGCCUUCCAGCAUGGCAGCCCACUGCACUCGACGGGGCACCCACAUCUGGCCCCCGCCCCUGCUCCCCUGCCAAGCCAGCCUCACCUCUACACGUAUGCCGCCCCCACCUCUGCUGCCACACUGGGCACCCCCGGCUCCAUUGCUCACCUUUUCUCCCCGCAGAGCUCCUCACGGCCUGCUGCGGCCUACGGCGCCCACGCCAGUGCCCUGGUGCACCAGGUCCCCGUCAGCGUCGGGCCCAGCCUCCUCGCAUCAGCCAGUGUGGCCCCCACUCAAUACCAACACCAGUUUGCCACUCGGUCUUACAUCGGGUCCUCCCGAGGCUCGACCGUUUUUGCUGGGUACCCUCUGAGUCCCACCAAGAUCAGCCAGUUUUCCUAUUUGUAGUUGGGUGUGCGUGAGGGAGGAGGGCUCACCUCCACCCAUGCCUGGCCCUGAGCUCGGAGAGCUGGCGUGGUGAGCCCCCUGCCCUUCUCAUAGUUCUGCAGCCAGCAGCUCAUUCUGCAGAGCCGUGACACAGAAGGCUUUUCUCUGGGAACCUGUCUCAGUGUUGACUGCGUUGUUGUAGUCUCCCAAAGUCUGCCCCAUUUUUAAAUUUUUCUUUUGUGACAGCACUUUGGUAUUUGGAAGAACUCAGAAGCUCAUCUUCUGAAGUU